GUGGACGCAACCACUGGACUGCUUUUGCAGUCUACAAAAAGCUUUCGCGAAGAAGAACGAAGACAAAGCACACGGCUGUCUCUAGUGAUUCUCCAAUCGAAACUCCUCGUACUCUUUUGCCAUAAUACAACAUACUGAGGUUUUCUUGGAAACCUCAAGACUCGAAUGGAUUAUUCUCAAAAUCAAUCUCAAUCUCAUGGCCACAUAGUUAUGCUACCUUUCAUGGCACAUGGCCAUCUCAUCCCCUUCCUCGCCCUAGCCCGCCGCAUCCGCCACCUAACCCCCUUCGUCGUCACUCUUGCCACUACUCCUCUGAACCUCCGGUACCUCCGCUCCACCAUGUCCCCGGACAACGACGACUCCAGAAUCCACCUCUAUGAGCUCCCAUUCUGCAGCUCCGACCAUGGCUUGCCCCCCGACACCGAGAACACCGAGAACUUGCCACCUGAUCGGAUUCCGGCGCUUUGCCAUUCAUCUGUGUCCCUCACUGCUCCUGUAGAGCGCCUCAUCUCCGACAUAACCACCGAAGAUGGCCGGCCACCUCUUUGCGUGAUCUCGGACGUGUUCUUCGGGUGGUCCGUGGACGCCGUCAGGAGGCUUGGGACGAAGAGCAUCACCUUCACCGCAGGCGGCGCAUAUGGCACUCUGGCCUACAACUCCCUCUGGCUUCACCUCCCACACCGCUCGACUGAUGUUGAGGAGUUCUCGGUGCCUGGAUUUCCCGAACGGUGUCGGUUCCACCGCUCUCAGCUCCACCGGUUCAUUCGAGAGGCAGACCCUACGGAUGAGUGGUCCAAGUUCUUCCAGGUUCAGCUAAAGCUCUCUUUGGCCUCAGAUGGUUGGUUUUGCAAUUCAGUUGAGGAAAUUGAGCCUCUUGGGUUUGAUCUCUUGAGGAAGUACUUGAAGCUCCCUGUUUGGGCCAUUGGUCCUUUAGUCCCUUCUCACAUGCUUCAAAACUCAUCACCGGUCUCCCCCAAAUCAAGAAUAAAUUCCCUCCAAAAGCAUACAGGAAAAGUUCCUGGAGUGUCCCUAGAGAAAUGCCUGGACUUCCUCAAUUCACAUAGGCCAAACUCUGUUUUGUACAUUUCCUUUGGUUCACAAAACACUAUAAGUCCUAGCCGGAUGAUGCAACUAGCCAUUGGAUUGGAAUCCAGUGGAAAGCCUUUCAUUUGGGUCAUUAGGCCGCCGCUUGGUUUCAACAUUAAAGGUGAGUUCCGAUCCGAGUGGUUGCCGCCGGGAUUCAAAGACCGAGUGACCAGGAGCAAGCAGGGAUUGCUAGUGUGGAAUUGGGCACCUCAACUGGAUAUCCUCUCGCACGACUCAACAGGGGCAUUCCUAAGCCACUGCGGGUGGAACUCGGUCAUGGAGAGCUUGAGCCAAGGGGUACCCAUCCUAGGGUGGCCAAUGGCGGCCGAGCAGGCGUACAACGCCAAGAUGAUGGUCGAGGAGAUGGGGUUGUGUGUGGAGCUUACGCGCGGGGUCGAGAGCCAGAUCGAUGCCGAGGAAGUGAAGCGGAUGAUAGAAUUGGUGAUGGAAGAGGAGGGAAAAGGAGGGGAGAUGAGGAAGAGGGCUAAUGCAGUGAUGGGACAGAUGAGGGAAGCGGUGAAAGAAGGGGGUGAUGAUGAGAAGGGGUCUAGUGUCAAGGCCAUGGAUGAAUUCGUGAGGACCAUUUUGGGUGACUCCAUGAACGGUUCAUCCUCAUCCCCCUGAGUCGAUCAUCGCUAAAAAAGAAUCGUCAAAUCUUGAGAUAAAGCCACAAAUUCCAGUCACUUGGCACAUGUUAACCACUUGGAUAGAUUCCACGGGUCACAGUCAUGUCCUCAAGCGAUAAACAGAAGAAUUGGGAUUAUGCUCCUUGUUCUUGAGUACACUGCUUUUUAUUCAGGUACAAUGUAGCUUUCUAUACUUAAUGUGUUUGACAAUAUUUACGAAAUUUUGAGAUGUGACAAUUUCAAUA